CGCCGCCGCUGCUGCGCCAUCUUUUUUGAUCACGGUUUUGACGGCUUGGUAAAUUCAAACCCGGCAAAAGAGAAUUCCCAUCCUUGUUUCGAUUGUCAGAGUGCGAAAAUGCCGCUGAAAGACCUCGACAAGCUUACCGUUGUCAAGCUUCGUGCCGAGUUAAUAGCCCGAGGUUUGGACUCGAAAGGUAAUAAACCCUUUCUAGUGGAGCGACUACGCGACGCAUUAGAUCAAGAAGAGAAGCACGGUGUACCCAGACCUGCAAUCAAAAUGUUCACCUCAGAGAAUGAAUUAGGUGACACGAGUAUGGAGGAUCAGGAACCCGAAAUGGACGACGAGCCUGUCGAUGAUGCUGAAGCUGACGAAAGCGAGGACGUUUCAUCGAACCCCAACCAAGUGGGCAAUGGCUCCAAUGGUACAACACAAGAUGAUUCAUUGAAUAAUGGAACACACACCAGUUCUACUGAAAAGCCUUUGAAAACAGAAGAAACCUCAACGGUAUCUGCACCUGAGCCUAUGCCUGUUGAAAAAUCCAAACAAAUUUCUGCUGAUGCACCUCCAUUGAACGAGGAAGCUGUUAAAGUGGGAAAUGCUGAAGAAGCUGACAUCAGUACAAAUUCUGCUCUAAAUGAUAGUGUAAUGGCGGUUUACGGAGGAAAAGAUGAGACUUUUAUGGAGAACAGUACUUUAGAACAAUCAGUAGACAUGACAGCUGACCAAACUAAUGAUAGUGUAACAAACAAUUUGACCUCAAAUUCUAGUAAUCCUAAUAUUAAAGUUGAGAAAGACGAUAUUAAAGAUACUAGUUCAACACCACAAGACAACAUGGAAGCUUCCAGUGUUGACGAUGAAAAAGCAUCAUUGACUGCAAAUCAAGAGAAUGCUCCUGCUCAAGAGGGAACUACUUCAACCGAGCAAACAAAAGAAGUAGCAACUCACAUUGCAGAAGAUUCAGUUGCUGACGUUGAUGCAGAUGCUGCACCAUCCAAGGUUGAAGAAAAAGAUGAGGCCAAAAUGGAAACAGCUGUAGAAGGUGAAGCAGUUCAGGAAACCCUGUCGAAGGAUGAAACAUCAGAAGACAAGACUGACAGAGGAGGCAAAAGACAAAGAGACAGAUCAUCAAGUCCAGCCAAUGUAAAUAAAGUAGCAGAAGGUCCACCUCCUGAAGAUGAGCCCGAAUAUGAUGGAAGUCUGGUCCUGCUUGAUUGGUAUAAUUCAGAUCUCAACUUAACCAUAAACAAAACUGAUUUCGUUAGUGGCGCUCCGCUAACUGAAGCUGGAUUUGCUUACAUGUGGGCUGGUGCUCGCGCAACCUAUGGCUUUGUAAACGGAAAAGUUUGCUAUGAAGUGAAGGUUACGGAAAAUUUAGCAGUUUCUCAUCUAGAAGAAUCAGAGCCCAAUCACCACGUUGUUCGUGUUGGAUGGUCGGUCGACUCUACUACUUAUCAAUUGGGCGAAGAUCCAUUUUCUUACGGCUAUGGAGGUACGGCAAAAAUAUCUCAGAACUGUGAAUUCAAAGACUACGGGGUGCCUUUCCAAUUGAACGACGUUGUUGGUGUUUACCUGGACGCUUCUGAAGAAAAAGAAUCGGUUGAAUUAUCUUUUAGCGUCAACGGUGAGACCCAAGGCGUAGCAUUCACUCUGCCCCGAGAGGAAUUGAAUGGCCGAGCACUGUUCCCCCACAUCUUGACCAAAAAUUGCCGAUUUGAGGUUAAUUUUGGCCAAAAAGAAGAACCUUGGUUCCCACCUACGGAAGGCUACGAAUGGGCUAGCAAAAUUCCAGUCGAAAAUCGUGUCCGAGGAGCUAUCACACCUGCUACUAGGGCUGAUUGUCAGAUGAUCAUGAUGUGUGGUCUACCCGGUGCCGGGAAAACAACUUGGGCCAACAAAUUCUCUGCGGAAAAUCCCGAUCGAAAGUUCAAUAUUUUAGGCACAAAUGCUUUCCUUGAUAAAAUGAAGGUAAAUGGAUUACCUCGUCGGAAAAACUACACUGGAAGGUGGGAAGUUUUGAUCGAAAAGUGCACUCGCUGUCUGAAUAUUUUGCUCGAAAUUGCUGCCAAACGGCGGAGGAACUAUAUCCUUGAUCAAACUAACGUCUAUCCUACAGCACAGAAGAGGAAAAUGUCUUACUUUUCUGGAUUCAAACGCAAAGCUGUUGUAAUUGUUCCAACAGAAGAAGACGCCAAGGUUCGAGCAGAGAAGAGAAUUCAAGAAGAGGGUAAAGAUGUACCUGACUCUGCCGUCAUGGAAAUGAAAGCAAAUUUCAAAAUUCCAUCAGUCGACGACACGUUUUCUGAAGUUGAAUUUCCUGAAUUGGCAUUGGAAGAGGCACUUAAAGUCAUUGAAAAGUACAGCACCGAAGCAAAGGCUGCUGGAUACGGUCAGCCGUCACCGAAAAGACAACGUCAAAACCAAGGAAACCGCAAUAAGAAUGAUCGCAAUGACCGGCGUAGCAAUCACAGUGGACGCGACAGAAAUCGCGACUCAAGGGCAUCAAACAGCCAUCGCAGCUCGAGUUCACGCUCCUACAGAGACAGUCGAGAUGAUCGACAUCGUCCACCUCCACCUUCUCACUGGAGAGGCGGUGGCGGCGGUGGUGGUCCAGGACGUGGCGGCGGCUGGAGCAAUCGCGGACCUCCACCUCCAUUACCUAGAAAUGGUCCUUACUCUCCUCGUCGAGGACCUCCUCUUCCUCCUUUACCUCCCGUUAACCGUGGAGGAUGGAACGCACCGCUUCCUGAUAGACCAUAUCCUGGAGCUAGAUCUGGCGGUGGUGGUGGCGGCGGCGGCGGUGGUGGUGGUGGAAGAGGUUACGACGACAGACGCAACGAUCGACCAUCUUAUUCUGCUCCAAGACGAGAAGGAGGUCCUUCUCCAUGGAUGAAUGCUCCUUCAAUGGCUGGUGCUGCUCCACAGAGAAGUUCAUGGGGACAUUCGCAAAGUGGUUGGAACAACAGCAGUGGCGGCAGCAGUUCAUCUUCGUCCUAUGGUCAGCCCCAGCAGUCAUCUUAUGCUGGUUCUGCUUACGGCGGGUCAGCACUCUACGGAUCGGCUGGAGCAUCUAGACCAACUCCAAGCGGUGGUUACGGUACCCCUUCUGGUAUUACCGCCAGACCUGCAAGUGGUAAUUAUGGAUCAUCGUCUGCAGCUGCAAGACCUGUUUCUACACCAUACGGAGGUGCCGGAAUCACAGGACUUGCUCGCCCCGCCAGCUACGGAUCUAAUGGCGGUCAACAAGCCAGACCGACCAGCUAUGGCCCCACUAGUUUACAAGGUAAUCGGCCUACUAGUUAUGGAUCUGGUUCAGGAAGUGCUCGUCCAGCUUCAAAUUACUCUAGCGCCUCAAUCAACCAAUGGUCACAACAACAACAACCGCCGCAACAAACAGGAUAUCAGUAUCCGUAUAAUCCCAAUCAUUCGACAUACAGUGGUGGCAAGUAACAUAGCACGUUUUUUUUUUUUUUUUUCUUGUGGUCUUCGUUUUAAACAUUUUCCUCACUUGCAAAAUGUUUCUUUUUUUUUUCCUUUUUGUCAGUCUUUUCUUUAGUAAUUUGAAGUCUCUUCUUCGUAUUUGUAUCUUUCAUGAAACAAAAAUAUUCAGCCGUCGGCGAGUGAAAUUCAUUGUGAGAAACUUCAUUUCAGGGUUUCCGUUCUUUUUUUUAUUUUUUAAAUUUGUUUCUUUCGACGCCAUUAAUGAUGAAAUACACGGACAUUUAACUAAA